AUCCGGGGCAGCGGGGAAUGGCUGAGCCAGGGGUUCGCCGCCCCCGCCGCCGCCGCCGCCGCCGCCGCCCGCUUUUGGCCCGGGCCGCAGGUCCUUAGCAUUCUGAUACAUUUUGAAUUGACACCUCUCAAGAUUGACUGGGUCAGAGUUCAUCAUGUCAAAGUUGAAAAGCUCAGAGUCGGUCAGGGUGGUGGUUCGCUGUCGGCCCAUGAAUGGCAAGGAAAAGGCUGCUUCAUAUGACAAAGUGGUGGAUGUGGAUGUUAAACUGGGGCAGGUGUCUGUGAAGAACCCCAAAGGGACGGCCCAUGAAAUGCCCAAGACCUUCACCUUUGACGCAGUCUAUGACUGGAAUGCCAAGCAGUUUGAACUGUACGAUGAGACAUUCCGACCGCUUGUUGACUCCGUCCUGCAAGGUUUCAAUGGAACCAUUUUUGCCUAUGGACAAACUGGGACGGGAAAGACCUACACAAUGGAAGGAAUCCGUGGUGACCCGGAAAAACGAGGAGUCAUUCCCAACUCAUUUGACCACAUCUUCACCCACAUCUCUCGAUCCCAGAAUCAACAGUACCUGGUCAGGGCUUCUUACUUAGAGAUCUACCAGGAGGAGAUCCGAGAUCUGCUCUCAAAGGAUCAGACCAAAAGGCUUGAGCUCAAAGAGAGGCCUGACACAGGAGUGUAUGUGAAAGACCUGUCUUCCUUUGUCACCAAGAGUGUGAAGGAGAUAGAGCACGUGAUGAAUGUGGGGAACCAGAACCGUUCUGUCGGUGCUACCAACAUGAACGAGCACAGCUCACGUUCCCAUGCAAUUUUCGUUAUCACUAUUGAGUGCAGUGAGGUGGGCCUCGAUGGUGAAAACCACAUCCGUGUAGGGAAAUUGAACCUUGUAGAUCUUGCUGGCAGCGAACGGCAAGCCAAGACUGGCGCACAAGGGGAAAGAUUAAAAGAAGCUACCAAGAUCAACCUCUCCCUUUCCGCUUUGGGUAACGUCAUCUCUGCUCUGGUGGACGGCAAAAGCACUCACAUUCCAUAUCGGGACUCAAAGCUUACCAGGCUCCUCCAAGAUUCCCUUGGUGGCAAUGCUAAGACUGUGAUGGUGGCCAAUGUGGGGCCUGCCUCUUACAAUGUAGAAGAGACUCUGACCACUCUGCGAUAUGCCAACCGUGCCAAAAACAUUAAGAACAAACCAAGGGUCAAUGAGGACCCCAAGGAUGCCCUCCUUCGAGAAUUCCAGGAAGAAAUUGCUCGGCUCAAGGCCCAGCUGGAAAAACGGUCCAUAGGCAGGAGGAGGAGGCGAGAGAAGCGGAGGGAAGGUGGUGGCAGUGGUGGGGGUGGGGAAGAGGAGGAGGAGGAGGGAGAAGAGGGUGAGGAGGAAGGGGAUGAUAAGGAUGAUUACUGGCGGGAACAGCAAGAAAAACUGGAGAUUGAGAAACGGGCCAUUGUAGAGGAUCACAGCUUGGUUGCAGAGGAGAAGAUGAGGCUACUGAAGGAGAAGGAGAAGAAGAUGGAGGACCUGCGGCGGGAGAAGGAUGCUGCCGAGAUGCUGGGCGCCAAGAUCAAGGCUAUGGAGAGUAAGUUGCUUGUUGGAGGAAAAAACAUAGUAGAUCAUACGAAUGAACAGCAGAAAAUCCUGGAGCAGAAACGACAGGAAAUUGCAGAGCAGAAACGUCGAGAAAGAGAAAUCCAGCAACAGAUGGAAAGUCGAGAUGAGGAGACCUUGGAACUUAAAGAGACAUACAGCUCAUUGCAGCAAGAGGUGGACAUCAAGACCAAAAAACUCAAAAAGCUCUUCUCCAAGCUUCAGGCAGUGAAGGCUGAGAUCCACGACCUCCAAGAAGAACACAUCAAGGAGCGCCAAGAGCUAGAGCAGACUCAGAAUGAGCUCACCAGGGAGCUGAAACUCAAGCAUCUUAUCAUAGAAAACUUUAUCCCUCUGGAAGAAAAAAGUAAAAUUAUGAAUAGAGCUUUCUUUGAUGAAGAGGAAGAUCAUUGGAAACUACAUCCUAUAACCAGACUGGAGAAUCAGCAAAUGAUGAAGCGGCCAGUCUCAGCCGUGGGAUAUAAGAGACCACUGAGCCAGCACGCAAGAAUGUCCAUGAUGAUUCGUCCAGAGCCCCGAUACAGGGCAGAAAACAUUGUGCUGUUAGAGCUGGACAUGCCCAGCCGGACGACCAGAGACUACGAGGGCCCAGCCAUUGCCCCCAAGGUCCAGGCUGCAUUGGAUGCGGCCCUGCAGGAUGAAGAUGAGAUACAGGUGGAUGCAUCAUCCUUUGAAAGCACUGCAAAUAAGAAAUCCAAGGCCAGGCCUAAAAGUGGAAGGAAGUCGGGAUCCUCCUCCUCUUCCUCAGGAACCCCUGCAUCUCAGCUUUAUCCACAGUCUCGGGGGCUGGUUCCAAAGUAAAGCCAGCUCCUCUUCUCCCAGGGUGGACACAGCAUUUGCCUUCUGAGAGAAGACUAGCAAAAAGCUAUAGAGAGGACUCAGCCCAAACUCAGAACUGUUCCCCUGAGGAGAAGCGAUGGCCUCUUUGCAGAUCAACCAACUUAAGCUGGUGGAAUGUGCUGGUCCUCAUCUGGUACUCAGCUCCUCUGGGAAACAUCUUUUAAUUAGCAUCUCAGAAAUGCAUGGGUAAGAUACAGUGCGAUAGUCCAAGUGGAAAGCAAGAGAAUGACCAGUGACCUUGCUUCCUUCCCCCUUGCCUUCUUCUCCCCCUUCCCCUGCUCUCCCUUUCUCUCCCCUCUCCUUUUCUAGCCUGUUCUUUACAUGGGGCUCCCUUCUUGUUGAACAAUAGGGCAGAAUCAGGAGUCACCUUAGCAGGACCACAUCUUUAGAGCCUCAGGAUAAAAUGACAGUGAGGUUGAAAAGUGAAAGCCCUAGAACUUGAAUAUGUGCCUGUUCUUGUUGGAGAAAUGAGAAAUCGCAUUUGGAUCCAGGCCCCAGGUGGGCACCAUCAGCAGUCCUGCUUCCAUGCACCUCAGUAAGAAGCGGAUCUGCCCUUGAGAGCUGCUCAGUGAGGAAAUCUCUUCCAGUUUCUGCUCCUGAAGGACUCAAUGUUGGGAGCAAUAGAAAUAACAUUCCCUUUGCCUCCUUGGAGUGUUUAGGGAAACAGCUUCUUUAAAACCUCAAAACCAUGACCAUCCUGUCAAAGACCUAAGUCUGUAAGCCUGUAAGCUGGUGCCAUGUCCAUACACCAUGUCACUUAAACUCUUCAUUUGUCACCAUCUUUUCCCAUGCACACGUACUCUGAGCAUCCUUGUGUGGGCCCAUCCUCUGCCUCCAGAGCAUGCUCUGCAGUAGGCCUGUUUUGUGGGAGAAAGGAGGCUGGUUCUGCCUUCUCUGAUGGGGCUAGAGUUGAGGGAACGGGACGUAUAGUGGCACUUUUGAAUUCCCUGCUUUGUUCCAUAUUGAUACAGAGAGCAGAAGAGUAGCUAGGCAGAUGCAGAGAUGGAGACAUGAGACUCAGUGCAAUGGGUAGGGAAGGCAUAACAGAUGGAAGCAAAGGAAUCCUGCCUGCCUUCAGCAGAGUCAGAACUCACCAAAUCCUAGAACUGUGGCUCCCUCCAGGCACAGACCUAAGAUGCUGGCAAGAGUGGCUGCGUGAUUGAAUAGGCUCAGAGGAGAGUUCAGAAUCCUGUUUACAUAUACUAGUUUGGUUUGUAAGUUUUAGUUCCCUGUAUUGUUGAGAUUCAGAGCUUCAUUUUAUGUUGGUCAUUAGGUGAAUAUUACUCAUUGUCCCCCAAGAGAAGCUCAUGAGUGUGUGUGGGUGUGAGAACACGAUGGUGCCUGUUUUGUGAAUGUGUCCAUGUGUGUCUGUAAGAGAGAGACCAAGAACUUGCCCAAUAUUAGAAAUACACUAAUGUGCAGUUGUUGCCUUUUGUCUUUAUUAAAGGCCCAUUGAAUGACUAAUCCAGGCUGGAAGCACUCCCAUGUGGGUGUCUGAGUCCAUGAGCCAAGCCUGAGGGGACAGUGUGAGUCUCCAGGUCUGCCACACUGGUGCACCUUGCUGGCACGGUGCCUCAGGAAAGUGGCAACUAAGGUGGGCCUUGAGUUAUACUUUAACUCAGCUGCUCAGUUCCCAGGGCACAUUUCUGGAUCAGAACCCAUGGGAAAUAGGAGGUACUAAGUGCAAUGUCUUAGCAUUCUGCACAAUGGAGAUCUGUUGUCCAGCGGCUUAUCUCCUUUUUAGUAACCCUUCUUUUUGAACCCAGGGCCCUUUUCAGCAUAAUAGAGCCUUCCCUCCUCUUUUCUUGAGAUCAAACCUGCUUCUUAUGUACUGAGAAUUUGUCUGUUUGCAUAAGAGCAAAACACUAAGGUGGAUAGCCUAAGCUGGUUGUUUGCUAGUUACACGUGUCUCUCACACCACAUAUCCUCAAAGCUAAUCUGAAUUCUGUAGGCUAAAAAUAUUUAUGUAGCAAAUCUGAGAAUUGAAAACUGCAAAUAACUGGCUGGGUAUAGUGGCUCAUGCCUGUAAUCCUAGCACUUUGGGAGGCCAAGGUGGGUGUAUCACCUGAGGUCAGGAGUUCGUGACCAGCUUGGCCAACAUGGUGAAACCCCAUCUCUAUUAAAAAUACAAAAAUUUGCUAGGUGUGGUGGUGCACACCUGUAGUCCUAGUAUUUGGGAGGCUGAGGCACAAGAAUCACUUGAACCUGAGAGGUAGAGGUUGCAGUGAGUCAAGAUCACGCCACUGCACUCCAGCCUGGUGACAGAGUGAGACUCCACCUCAAAAAAAGGAAAAAAAAAAAAAAAAAAAAAAAGAAAAGAAAACUGCAGAUAACCCUAUACCUUCAUACUGGUAUCUCGAGGUGACUCUUCUGACCAAGGGUGGUUAAGUGACACAUAGAGCUUUUCUAAGAAGGCAAAAGAAGACUCAUUUGGAAACGAAGCCGUCCCUUUCCAAGCAGUCUCUGGUGCUUUUCUUCUCUCAAAAUGGAUCCGAUAAAUAUUUGAAUACAGCAGAUUGUAGAAUGUCUUGCUGCCACCAGAAAGCUGCUGCUUUGGGCUCUGCAUUGAGCCAAAUAGGUAGAGGACCUACUAAGCCCACUGAGGGACCAGGUUUUCAUGUCUCUAGUCAUACCUAGAAUGUUCUGAGCCAUCCGAGGGCCUUCAUGCCAGCAGCAGCUAGCGAAGUCUGAAAGCAAGUCUAGCAGGAUCUAAGAGGACCAUCAGGAGAAGGAGUUUGAGACUGUGUAUGCAGCCCCCAGGAGACCCCCUUUUGCUGUGAUCUGGAGAAUGUAUCUGGCUUCAUAUUUUAAAGUCCAUGUCUCAGUCCCCUGGAUUCAGAACCCAAGGCCCCAAAUAGUAGGCAUGAAGCACUUUCUUAAGACUGACCUACCGCUGGGUUGUUUCCCGUCUAAUGCCUGCAUGCUGCUUGAAUUGCUCACCCACACCUCCAUGACCAAGGGCGCCAGAGUGCUGCAGCUUGGGCAGGGGCCGUGCUCUGCUUUUCCUGUCUGACUCUGACAAGUCCUCCCUCACUGAAUGUAGAAUCGUUGCCAAGUUUCUGAGAAGUGUCGAUUCCCUGUUAACAUGGAUGUCAGUUCUGCCUCUCAUUUCCCACUUGGGGUUGAGGCGUGUUGGACCAUCUGAACCCCAUCAGUGGAUGAAAAUGGGGCUGUUAAUAUACUAAAAGCCAUAGUAACAAUACUCUGAGGGAACUGGCUAAGAAUAGUGGGCCUGGCGAUUGUCUAUCACACAAGGCGUUGUUUUGUGCUAUUGAGAAAUCUGUCACCUUUCUGCCUGCCCUUGUUUCCUGAAUGAAAUGCUUCUGGGUUAUUUAUGAAAGGAGUGAUCCUGGGGCAGGCAGGAGGCAGUGAGCUUUAUGGCUCCUUGAAGUUGUUAUUGAUCUUGACCUUCUCUUUGGCUACCUUUAGACAAAGAAUAUGCCAAUCAAUACUUGGGGCUCUAAGUUUUACAAUUGAUAUUUAUUUGUAUCAUCUCUUUGUCUAGGAAUGUAAAAGUGAUUCUAAACUAAGAUGUGUAAUAAAAAUUGCAAUCAGAUUUAUUGUACCUACAAAAAA